UUAUGUGAUCACAGGGGUUUUCCUGAAUGUGUCUAUCCUUAACACAAUAUCUGGAUUUAUCAAAAUCGGUACCGUACCGGGAUACGUGCGGCAGAUUUGCUGUACAAAAUCUUCAAAGAUGUCGACUUCCACUGAAAUUAACACGACGGUGAAUGUGACAGAAUUGCUUAUGCAACUCUCCGAGUUGCAGAAUGCUCAGGCAAGUCUUGUUCGGUGGCAGGAGUACACGAAGGCUAACAUGGACCAUUUCUACAAAAUUUGUCUCGCCAUCAUGGUAUUCCUGAUGCAGGGAGGGUUCGCCAUGUUGGAGGUCGGAUGUGUUAGAAGCAAGAAUGCUACCAAUAUACUCAUCAAAAAUCUUCUCGACGCUUUCAUAGCGGGUUUCGCCUACUGGCUGCUGGGCUAUGCCUUAGCCCUAGGAGAGGGGAAUUCCUUUAUUGGAUAUUCCCAUUUCGCACAUCACGGUUUAAAGCCAGAGUUCUAUUCGCUGUGGUUCUUUCACUAUGUGUUCGCGGCUACUGCUGCUACCAUUGUGUCCGGUGCCGUUGCAGAAAGAUGUGACUUCGUCGCUUAUCUUAUAUACAGCUCAGUCAUAACAGGGUUUAUAUAUCCCGUACUGGUCCAUUGGGCCUGGACGUCCGAAGGUUGGCUCGCUAAGGGCUUCACGUAUGACCAUGAUGGGGAAACACUAACAAUCUUCUACAGGGACUUUUCCGGUAGUGGUAUCGUCCACAUGUUAUCUGGCCUCGCGGCGUUCGUGGGGGCUAAGGCGCUAGGCCCAAGAAUAGGGAGGUACGAUGAAGUCACAGGGGAACCUCGGGAUAUACAGGGACAUUCAAUCGUGUUGGCUGCCCUUGGUGGGUUUAUCCUAUUAUUCGGAUUCCUUGCCUUUAAUGCGGCGGCCGGAGGCUCAAUAUCCGGAGAAGGUCAGGGGGAACUCCUGUCUAAACUUGUCGUCAACACAAUCAUGUCCGGUUCUGCUGGUGGACUUGUUGCCAUGGCGAUAAAAUUCUUCUUAGGAGGUUCAAAAUGGAAUUUCAAUAUAACGCUGAACGGGUCUCUUUGUGCUAUGUGCGCUAUCUGCGGUCCUGUGGACAGCAUACCUACAUACAUAGCUGUGGUGAUAGGAGCCCUAGGUGGAGCGAGCUACAUGUUCUUCACGUGGUUCGUCCUCAACAAGUGCCGAGUCGACGACCCACUGGACGCUGCGGCAGUCCAUCUAGGUGGCGGAUUGCUUGGUGUAAUUUCCGUGGCGUUUUUCCAUGAAAAAGUUGGGAUCCUCUUUAACUGGAACAUGGAGUCUGGUUUGACACUUGCCUGGCAAUGUGUAGGUAUUGUGGCUAUAGUGGCGUGGACUGGAGUGACGUGUGGAAUCCUGUUCGGUACUCUGAGAGUGAUGAACAUACUGCGGGUUCCGUUAGAGUACGAACUUAAAGGUAUUGACAUACCGAAACAUGGCCAGAGUGCUUACCCAACCGAGGCCUAUGGUCACGAUUGGGAGGUAGAAACCAGUGACAAGGUGUCACUGCAUAAAGAAAACGGAGAUACAAGAAAAAGAAAAUUCAACGAAAGCAACAUGACGGUUUCGAACGGAUCUUUUGUAUCUGACGUCACAGCUACGACACAUAUAUGACGUCAUUAUCAAUUUUUAUAUUUUCGAUGGACAGUGUUCUCGUCUAAUAUUUUAAACAUAGUAAAUCUGUGGCUUUCGUGGCAUUAAAUUUCGUUGUAGUAUCUGUAUAUAUGGUAAGUAAUCUGAAUUUAGCUUAUCACAACGUUCAGGCGAGUUCUUUCUGAAGUGCAAUAUUUUCAGUCCCUUAAAAAAUCUCAUUCUUAAGUGGCAUCGCAAUGUACGUAUGUGAUGCCAGGAGGUUGUGACGUCACAGUUGCAACGACUGAAACCAACACCAACCACUGUAUCUUUAUCAAUUAAACGUAUAUCCAUGUUGCUUAGUAUGUCGGAUGUGAUGACACUGACGAUAGAGUAUAAUAAUGUAGUUAUAUACAGUAGUAUAUAUACGUAUGUUAUAUAAGUAGUUAUAUACUUAGAUCUUAUUUAGCAUUUUAAUUUAAACCUAUCAAUGUAUAUAGGUAUAUGAUUAUCACACAUGAUAAAACUGAAAAAUGAGGUGCUGGCAUACUCUCUGUUUGAUAUAUGUUUAUAGGCUAGAACACUUAUGUUAAUACGAAGAGCACAACUACCAUUUCAUCCUCGGUAGUGCAUACAUACUGUAAAUCACAUAAUUUAGCGAUAAUCAAAUUUUAGCGGUUUCCAUGCUGGAAACACUCCGCUAUACUUCCAUUGUCCUAUUUUAAGUUUUUUU